CAAGGUUUGUUUACCAGUCGUCGGAAAUUUCAAUUCACAAGUUGCAAAUUGGUUAUGUUUUACAAGAGUGCUAUGAAAAAUAAAAAAAAGUCAUAACAAAAUUAUUUAACAAAACACAAAACAAUUGAUCUACUGCGACACUUCAAGUUCUCAAUAUACUCAUCACUUUUUGGAGGUUAAAUUCUAUUGAACAGGAUAAACUUUUAGAGAUAAAAACAAUGCUUGACGAAAAAGAAGAAAUUAAAAAAUCAGAAGCUGGUAAUGAUGAAGACCAACAAAAUGAAAUCCAUUUUGAGCCAAUUGUCUCUUUGCCUGAAGUGACUGUCUCUACAAAUGAAGAGAAUGAAGAAGAAUUAGUUAAAUUGCGUGCUAAGCUAUUCAGAUUUGUGUCACAUGAGUGGAAGGAACGUGGAACCGGGGAGAUAAAAUUACUAAGGCAUUGUGAAAAUAAUUCUGUACGUGUAGUAAUGCGGCGUGAUAAAACAUUAAAGAUUUGUGCAAACCAUUUCAUAACUCCAGAAAUACAGCUGAAUUCUCAUUGUAAUUCGGAGAAGGAUUUCAAUUGGACAUGUUUUGCCGACUUUGCGGAUGAGAAGCCACAAUCUGAAUUAUUCGCUAUUAGAUUUGGAAAUAUUGAGAAUGCCAGAGUCUGGAAAAGUAAAUUUGAGGAAGCGAAGAAUAUAGUUAAAACUAAAUGCGCAUUGUAUAAUGGAGAAGAAACUGCAGUUAAUGUAAGUUCUAAGGAUGAAUCCGACUCUGAUAAUGAUUCGACAGAUGGUAAAAAUUCAUUGGGAGGUGACGAUGAAUUAAACCCAACCAAAUCCUUUGAAGAUGAUAAUUCUGCUGAGAAGAUUAUUAAAUCAGUGGAAGAAUUAACAAUUAAAAAAGAUUGACUGUUGCAAAAAAUUUUUUAUAAUACUGGCAAAUAUUUUUAUUUGGCAUGAAUUACCAUUUUUGUUGAAAAAAAAA